CGCUGAGGCGUCUUUAUCAUCUUUCCUCCUCCCCCUCCCCCAAAACGCCGCAAUCAUUUCUUUCGUUUAAUGUGUUGAUUAGAGGAAUAGGGUCUCUUGACCAUGCCCUACGGUCUUUAUCGAUCAUUCGAAGCGUGCUUCCCCCGCGUGUUCCUUCGGUCGGAGCUGUACUGUUCCCACGGCAUGAGAUUGUGUCCGCAGCUGUUUACUUUUAAUUGAGAGAGGGUUGAGUUCUUGGUAUAAGGAGAGUGGAUAACGAACAUUUAUUGGAAAGGACGACGAUCACCGACAUGGUUAAGCUUUCCAUGCUGUGGAUGCUGUGAACGUGAACAGAGCUCCCACCACCACGAUGCCACCCUCUACAGUCUUCUCAUACUGGCGGCGAGACCAUCGCCGAUCAUCUGCUUCGCCGGGUCCCUCUGCUGCUGCUGCUACGUCUUCUUCCGCGAUCUCUGGGCCCAAGGGAAGUGCUACCGGCAGCCCAUCGCAGUCGCCGGGGACGCCGAAACUCGGAGCUACCCUCGCGGCCCCUGUCGCCAUUAUAACAACUCCUUCUUCAUCGCCGAACGAAGCCCCAUUCGAACUAGAUGCCACCGCCGCUGCCGUCGUUUCAAAUCCUCGGCCCCCUCCGCUAUCGUCAUCUGGGAAUUCCGCUGUCCUACACGUGCCGUCGGAUCGAGUCGGUCCUGCGGGAGAGAACGAUGUACCUGCUGCGGCUCUUACGGCGCAGUCCAAUCACUCGCAGCAGUCGCUUCAUUCAAACGUGCGUCCCGACGGCGAAGCACAGAAGCCCAGCUCACCGUUUCGGCUGUCUCUGGGUCCGUACCAGUCGCAGACGUCUCUGAACGACAGUGCGGAAGACAGAGGGUUCAAGACCCAGAGAGAUUUGCGACCGGAUAAUAAUGUCAGCCGUCGGUACGAUCGUGAGCUGCCGUCGGAGCACACACACCACAAGUCCGGGAAGGCCAUGUUGCAUCUGCUCAACCCGAUGUCUUUGCUCGCGCGCAGACGGUCCUCCCAGGUCGUGGGUUCGCGCGCAGAAGAGAUAAGCAUCCGGAGGCAUACGAACCUGGUGCCCGCGAUCCCGGAUGACUACGACCCCCGGAUCCGGGGGAAUAUCGUCCACGAUUUCUCGGCUCCUCGUCCGCGCAGGAACUUCUCUGCUACCCCGACUCUUCUACAAUCGAUCGACACCACUGCCACGGCGACGGCUGAAGCCGGCCAGAGCUCACCGGCCUCCUAUGACUAUUCCAAUGUCCGGGAGGGCGAGCGGAGAAGACGGCAUAGCGAAUAUUCGCCCGUCUUCAGGGAACAUUUCGAUGACGACCAGCAGGUGCUCCAGAUCGAACACAAAGGAUAUCUACAGUCCUCCCUGUUGACAGAUCAGUCGCUGUCGGACAAGGAGCAAUCCAUGCCUGUCUUUGCGCGAAAGCUUCCGACGACGCUCCCGGAUGUCCAGGAAGUGACGCCUGAAGAACGGCCGGUAGAUAUUUCACAGUCGUCGGAGAAGAAGAAUAGCCCUGCAAAGGUCCAAGAGCUGGAGAAUGUGGAGGUCACGCCGCCGCCACCGCUGCCGCCGCCGCAGCAGCAGCAGCCUGCGAUCGGGCUGCCGAGACACUUCAAAAGCAAUGCGUCUAGGUUCAGUUUUGACAUGAAUGGUGUUGAGUCUUCUGCUCAGGAGAAAUUGCUGGAAGAGAAGCACAAGGAGAAGGAGGCCGCGCGGAAAGCCAAAGCUCGGGAGGAAAACGAUGAUUUUAGCGACUUUGACGGCGACUACGACAACGACCUCCUAGACGACGGGGACUACCUUGAAGAGGAGAUUCCCGGCGUGAAUGUCGAUGCGGAUGAGGAGGAGUUUCUGGGUUUCUCUGGUCCGGGCGCGAUGACGGCAAACUCAGGGGUUCUACCAACGCCUAUGGCCAGCCCUGACGGGGCACAGCCUUCAACUCUGGCGACUGAUGGCCACGUCGAUCGGUCAUAUUCGCCUUCCGUAUAUGAAGGUUCAACCGAUGAUGCAGAGUGGCCGAAGGAGGAAUAUUUCCCGAGACUAGAAGAAUCGCCUGUUUUUCAGCCUGCUCCCAACAAUAAUGAUGACGAUGACAACAACAACAACAACAACAACAACAACAACAACAACGAUGAUGAUGACGAUUUAUACUUUGAUGAUGGCGAAUUCGGCAAUUUGUCAACCGACCUCGAUGGAGAGGCGUUUGACGAGUCUGUUUUCGAUGACGAGACCAGUCAUCUAUACGAUAGGAAGCGCGCUGCAGCGGCCGUCUCACAGGACACCAACCGUGCUAGUCUUGAACCACAACAAGAGGAUGAUACGAUUCUUACAAUGCCAGUGGAGGAGGAGGAGGACGGCGACGACGACGACGACGACGACGACGACAACAACAACAACAACAACAACGGCCUCAAGCAUACGACUAGCAUCGCCGGCGAAUUUCCCCGUUCAGGCACCCUGGCCCAGUAUGGGCAGCCGAUGCCGCUUCAACCAGCACCCGGGUUCGCCGCGCCUCGUGUCCACGAUGGGGUGCUCUCGGAGCACAACCUCGAGGCGUUGCACCACGCGUUGGCGCAAGCGGCGAAUGAUGCGGCGGUACAUGAGCGGUUCGGACGGGGUUCAAGUGUGAGUGAUGAGCAGUCGAUGGGUCGGGACAGCGCGACGCAAACGACGGCGGACGAGUCGCACCCGGGCCUGGUGUCGGACGACAGCCGGUUGAGCCAGACGGCGGAGGCGCUGGCGUUUGAUGACGACGAGUACCAGUACGAGUACCAGUACGAGGACGGGGAUGACGACGCGCUCUUCGACGACCCGAUCAUCGCGGCGGCGAACGCCGAGGCGCUUGAGAACGACGACGAAGGCUUCUACGGGCAAGAGUUUGGGUUCUACGCGCAGGCUCACGGCGGCGCGGGGACGGGCGAGCUGACGCACGGCGGCUACUUUGGCCCGCGGGGCAUGGAAGGGGUGUCGCGCAGCUACAGCUACAGCGGUCGGGGCAAGUUCUGCGAGCCCAGCCUGACGCCCAUCACGGAGCGCAGCGAAUGGAGCACGCGCAACUCAAUCAUCUCGCUGAACGCUCUCGGUCCGCACGCGUCUGCCACGGGCCCGGGCCCGGGCCUGGCGCAGCUGGUCGACCACCCGGGCACCCUCGACGACGAGAUGAGCUUGAGUGCCUUGCUGAAGCUCCGCCGGGGGGCCUGGGGCGGCAGCAACGGCAGUCUACGCAGCAGCAGCGCCGGCAGUCCGCCCCCAACGUUGCCUCCUGGCCUACCUGCCUCGCACCGGGGAAGCUUUUCCUACGAGCUGCCGCCGGCGAGUCCGACGCAGACAGUGCCAUUUCCUUGACACAUUUCCCAUAAUCUAUCUCGUGAUGAUCUACAUGAGUCGUAUAAUGUCAUUUAUUUUUGAUGAACCGGUCGAGGUGAUCUGUUGUACACAAUAGCCAGAGAAAUCGUCGGAUUCUUUUCCAGCAUUGCCGGAUCCCGCAAGCACCCGCAAAGACUUAUCCGGCAUGUAUAUUCUGACCUAGGUAGUAGUUCUGGGUAAUUAAUUACUGUAGUUAAUUAGAGCCAUUGUCAGUAGUUCUCACUCA